AUGCAUCAACCACUUACAUCUCAUGCUCAUUUUCACCUUCAACUGCAACUGCAAUCACCACCACUAACGAACUCUCAUCUUCUAAAACUCGAUCAUCAACCAGCAGCACAUAGUCAUGACAGUCAUCAUGUCACAGUAGUAAAAGCACCUCCAACUCCCUUGCAGUUUAAUCCUAGCAUACAAACUGGAGGUGAGGUUACUGCUGGUAUGAACAAUCUCAAUAGAUUCAUCUCAAGACAUCAUUUGAUUGAUCUCCCUUUAGUUGGUGCAACAUACACAUGGACCAAUAAUCAAAUUCAGAGUGUUAGAAGCAGAAUCGACGGAAUUCUCUUAUCUCCAGAAUGGGAGCAUGUUCAUCCUGAUGUUAUACAACAGGAUCUUGCACGGCCUUGUUCUGAUCACAAUCCAAUUUCUCUUAACUGUCAGGGUUUAAAACAUGGGAAUCCUCCACUCCGAUGUGAGUAUUUUUGGUUUUCUCACCCAAAUUUUCUUAAUCUUGUCAAAGAUUUGUGGCUUUCUUUUUCUGUUUCAGGAAGUGCUGGGUUUAUUUUUUGUAAGAAGCUUCAGAUGCUAAAAGUAAAGCGAAGAGAGUGGAGUAAGUUGGAGUAUGGUGAAGUUGACAGAAGGCUUGAAGAAUUGGAGGAUCUUUUUAUGACUCUUGAUGCAGCUGAAGACACAAAUAAUGGGAUUACUGAAGCUCGGUGGGAGGAAAGAACAACAGCUAAACAAGAAUAUUGCAAGCUAACCUUUAUAAAUGCUGAAAAGUUGAGAAGCAUGACAAGAGUAACUCACAUUAAAGACUAUGAGAACAACACAAAAUACUUCCACAGGCUGGCUAACGAUAGAAGAAGAAUAAGUUAUAUUGUCUCAAUAAAAGUUGAUGGUUCUUUAACCACUGAUGAAGCAGAGAUCAAAGAAGAUUUUCUCAACAUUAUGUCUGAGUUGCAGAAUAGAGGCUUCUUGGAUUGGAGAUUGAAGAACACCUUUAUUGCUUUAAUUCCUAAAAAGGAUACCAUUGAAGAAAUUAAAGACUUGAGACCCAUAAGCUUAAUUCAUGGUGUGUACAAGAUUAUGUCUAAAGUUCUUUCCGAGAGAUUUAAACUCCCUCUUCCUCGUAUUAUCCCUCAACAACAAUCUGCUUUUGUAAAAAAGAGGCAAAUUUUGGAUGGAGUGCUAAUUGCAAAUGAGUUAAUAGACUCAAGGUUGAGAAGUGGAAAGUCAGGUAUUUUAUGCAAAAUUGAUUUUGAAAAAUCCUUUGAUCAUGUGAAUUGGGAUUUCCUUGAAGAAAUUUUCAUACUCAUGGGGUUUGGAGAUAAAUGGAGGAGAUGGAUAAGAUGUUGUGUGGAAUAUGUUAAAUUUUCAGUUCUUAUUAAUGGCAGUGCAACUGGAUUCUUUAUUAGCAAGAAAGGUAUCAGACAAGGUGAUCCCAUAUCACAUUUUUUAUUCUUGCUGGUUGGUGAGGCUUUAACUUUUAUGAUCAAAAAAGCUCAAGAAGAAGGUAUUAUUUCUGGAUUUCAAAUAAAGAAUGAUGGUAUGCUUAUUAGUCAUCUUCAAUUUGCUGAUGACACUCUCAUCUUUUUAGAUGCUGAUGUUGAGCAGGUAAAAAGCUUAAGAUUAAUUCUUAUUUCUUUUGAAAUGCUAACGGGGUUAAAAAUCAACUUUGCAAAGAGUCAAAUCUAUGGAGUAGGCUAUGAAGUAGUUCUCUCUCCCACCACUUAUCUUGGUUUACCUUUAGGAGACAGAUGUGGUGGUGUUUCUAAGUGGGAUAAGAUCAUUGAGAAAUUUAUUCUUAAGCUUGCGGGUUGGAAAAAACCUCUCUUUCAAGAGAUGAUUGAAAAGAUAAUGAAGGAUUUUCUCUGGCAUGACAAUAAGGGUACAAGGAAAUUGCAUUUAGUAAAAUGGUUAGCUCUAACAAGGAAGAAAAAGGCUGGUGGAUUGGGCAUUAAAAUUCUUAAGAAGCUUAAUCAUGCUCUUCUCACAAAAUGGUCUUGGAGGUAUGUUGUAGAAGACAAUGCUUUAUGGAGACAGAUUGUUGAAGAAAAAUAUAACUCUGGAGAUGUAGCUGGGGCUUCUAAAGUUCCUACUAGCACUUAUGGGAAAGCAAAGAAUAUGACAGCGGCUGAGGUGGGUACUUUGGUUGAUAAUGAAGUGGUUUGGAAUCUGCACAUCCCCAGAAGACUAACUGCUGCUGUUAGAGUGGAGCUGAGACUUUUAACUGCUGAUUUGCAUAAUGUUAGAUUCAUCUAUAAUCAAGUUGAUGAGUUGCAAUGGUCCCUUACAAAGAAUCAUAAAUUUUCAGUCAGUUCUGUUUAUGAAAUUCUGACAGAACAAGACACUUCUCUACCAUCAGGUCCAAUUUUCAAUUUCAUAUGGAAGCUGAAAUGUCCGCCAAAAAUUGGGUUCUUUCUUUGGCUGCUUGCCUAUAACAGGAUGCCUACCAUAGAUUUACUCAGAAGAAGAAAUAUUGAUGUGCCUGCAGACUUCCUUUUCUGCAAUGAAACUGAAUCUAGUUCUCAUCUUCUGCUUCAUUGCAGUUUUGCUAGACAAAUCUGGAGUCAUUUUAUGAGACAUAUAAAUUGGUUUUUCUCCAUGCCUGCCGAUAUUGUGUCUAUGCUUCAUUUUUGGGUUUUAGUGCAGAGUAACAAUGUUGUGAAUGCAGUGUGGAACUUAAUACCUGCUGCGAUUAUGUGGAGUAUCUGGAAAGAGAGGAAUGCUAGAGCAUUCUCUGACAAAAGAAGCAAUGCUAGAUCUGUCAGCAACAAGGAAAUUUAUAAUCUGUUUUCUUGGUCUUUGGAUCUUAAGGAUUUUGAGAAUGUUGGCUCUGCUGAAGUGAUGAAAAAUUGGUACAACAUUUAUUUUAAUUCUUCAUAA